GCAACUUUUAACCUGAACCAAUGGGCCAUGGACUUUGAGCAUAAUAAAGCCAACAUCAUUGACUCCAUCAAACAGGCUGAAGAGGCAGGUGCCACCAUCAGGUUCGGCUCAGAGCUUGAAAUUCCAGGUUAUGGGUGUGAAGAUUAUUUCCUUGAAAUGGACACCAUCAACCACUCAUGGGAGGUCCUAGCUGAGAUUAUUGAGGAAGGGUGGACUGAUAACAUUAUCUGAGACAUUGGGGUUCCGGUGUACCACAAAUCGUUCUUGUACAACUGUAGGGCCAUUGUGUACAAGCGCAGGAUCCAUUUGUUGAGGCCAAAAACAAGCUUAAACAAUGAGAGAGGCAAAUAUGAGAAUAGGUACUUCACAGAAUGGACAGACCUCGAAGAGUUAGUAGACUUUGAUCUCCCUGAGGAAAUCAAAGCUGUGACUAAUCAAGAGCAAGUGAAGCUUGGGGUUGCCAUCCUUAAUUUUCUUGAUUGCAAAAUGAUUCAUGAAGUUGGGACUGAGUUUCAAGAUAAUCAAAGAUUAGCCAACUUUAUGAAGAAGAACUCAUAUCAAAAGAACUUAGAUGGAGAGGAAGAUAGGAUCAAUAUUGUUCUUAACAGCACAUGCACAUUCCAUUCAUUAGGAAGACUACAAGAUAAAAUAGAUAAAAUCUUAGAACAUUCUUCUAGUUUUGGAGCAGCAUAUGUUGUUUCAAACCAAAUAGGCUGAGAUGGAUCCCAGCUCAUAUGUGAUGGAGGAUCUAUGAUAGUUUCUAACGGGAAAGUAAUUGCUAAAGGAUCUCAUUUCAACUUAAAAACAUGAGAAGGAGUUAUAUCUCCUAUCGAUUUAGAUGAGAUUUCCAAUUCUCAAAAAUCUACAGAGCAUAACGUUUUGAACGAUCGUGAUUUAUUCAUAAACAAGGUUGAAAUUCCUUUAUAUGUUUGCAAAUCUUCUUCAAGAGGAGUUCCAUUCUACGAGAACAUAAACAGGACUCUAUCACUUCCAGAAGAAAUAUCCUUAUCAUGUGCUCAUUGGCUUUGGAACUUCUUAAUCAGAUCUGAAGCAAAAGGAUUUUUACUUCCUCUCUCUGGUGGUCUUGACAGUGCAUGAGUUUGAACAAUUUGUUUCUCACUGUGUAGGCUCAUAUUCCAAGAUAUUUCUGAUGACGAAAAUAGUCCAACACUCAACAGUUUGAGAAGAGUUAUCAGAGAUGACUCCUUUGUACCAACUUCCCCACAAGAAAUAUGAGAAGAGAUCCUCAGCUGUUAUUACCUCGGGACUGAGAACUCUUCUUCUAGGACUUACCAGAGAGCUUUUGAAUUAUCGCAAGAAAUUGGAUGCAAAUUCGACAAAUGCAAGAUCGACGGUUUAUAUGAUUCUUCACUUGGGAUUUUCACAGAUUUAUUCCAAAGACACCCUAGAUAUCUUUGCCAAGGAGGUACAGAGGAAGAAGAUCUUGCUCUUCAGAACAUUCAGGCUAGAGUUAGGAAAAUAUUUGCAAGUUUUAUAGCUGAGAGCAAUAGUUUUGACAGAAACGACGAAGGAUAUCUACAAAUUCUGUCAACCACAAAUGUUGACGAAGCUUUGACUGGAAACAUUACCAAAUAUGACAACAGUUCAGGCACCCUCAACCCUAUUGGAGGAUUAAAUAAGGAUGAUCUCAGAAAAUUCUUGGAGUAUGCCAAGGAAGAAUUUGGACUGGACUCUUUACAAAGUAUUUUAGAUGCAAACCCAACUCCUGAGCUGAGACCUUCUGAUGACAUAGAGAAGGAUUCUACCCAAAUAGAUGAGCAAGAUCUAGGCUUAACAUACUCCCAAUUAAAUGUACUAGGAAGAUUAAGAACUGUUGAAAGAUGUGGGCCUGUGUCUAUGUUCUCAAAAUUGACUGAAGUUUGGUUUGAUUUAUCACCAAGUGAGAUUGCACAGAAAGUAAAGAUAUUCUUUACUUUGUAUUCCAAAAAUAGACACAAAGCAUUCUCUCUAGCCCCUUCUCUUUGAAUUAGCCAAUAUGAAGUUGAUAUAAAGUAUGAUUACAGACAAAGUUUGUAUAAUGAUGAAUGGAGCUUCCAGUUUAAAAGAAUAGAUCAAAUGGUUGAUGAACUAGAUAAAGAAGAUUUAGUUUAA